AUGAACAAUCUUCCUGUGACGUCGACGACGAUGAGUCAAGUAACGAGGAGAACGUCGACCAUGUGGGCUGCAUUUGCAUGGACGGCCGUUAUGGCUAUCACAAUAAUGCCGGUAAGUCUUCACCUCAGGCUGUAGCCCUCGUUAGAAUAAAAAAACAUGCAAGCUAAUUUUCGCUACAAAAAAGUUUAUGUAAUCUACCCAACCGUAACUUCUAUUUUUGACGUUUUAACUGGGUAAUUGCCCUGAUAUUUCCAAUUUAAAAGCUAACUGCGUAAAAAUACACUUGGUGUGGCCUAAGACCUUUUAUUUCAAUUAGCUUCGUGCCCGAAAAUUGGCAACAAGAAACUGUAGGUGCUGCACGCAAUUGUUCUUACGUACUUGGCUUCAUCCCUGGUUUAGUCGGUCUGAAUCCAUUCUUUUUCGUGAACAGAUUAAGCCUUGCCAACGAUAUUAAUAAGGGAUUUGUUUACGGUAACCUUGAAACGGAUAACAGCCGUACAAAACACCAAAAAAUGGAUGUUUAUCCAUUUUGGCUCGUUAAUUUCAAGUUCAAGUUGAUUCCACCACCCAGAAUGAGAAGGUGGCCAAAUUAAUUCGUAUAUUCAUGUCGAAAAUGGGGACGAACGUCUGCCAUCUUAGGAAAACAAAUAUAACAAAAUCAAAUGAAGAUAUAGUAGGGUAAUUACUAGCCAUUUACAUAUGAAUAAAAGUUCCAUAAAGCUAAACAAUGUUUACACUUCCAGCUAAGUUCAAUAGAAGAUUAAUGGUCGAAAAGCCAGUUUAUCUUAAUUCUUGCGAAGCCUGUCUUACUGUAACUAGUCUACGCAAACUUACAGUAUGAUGAUAGCGGAUAAGCAAACUGUCUGAUCAGUCGGUAUAAUUAGAAAAUAUAGCGUUUAAUUAAAGGAGGAUUAGCGCAAAAGUACAUCCCACAAAUUCUAAUUUGAGAAAACCGCUUCCGCUAAUGACGAACGUACAGCAUUCUGACCUUUCACACCUACAUCCUCCUCAUUUUUUAGGUAAUUUCUGCUGCCUCAUCAACCAAGUGCGCGUCCUGUGAGGUGGAUAGGUUUGACGAAUACAAGCAAUUCCGUCAGAACCAAAUCCUCAAUGACCUCCUGAGGAAACUGGAACUGGCGGCAAAACCGAAUGUCACCAUUGACUACGAUAACCUCCCUCCAAUCGGGCGACAAAACCCCCGAAUAAGGGCAUUGAUCGAGCAAACGAUUCGAGAGAAGAAAAGAACCAAAAGAUCACUGCCUCGCCUCCAGGAAGACAUGUCGCACCUCUACGAAAGCGAUGCCGCUAACAUUCCUACCAGCACAUUCUUCAUGGCUGAGCCAGCUCCGUGGCCAGUCAGUGAGGUAGGUAUACAACUCAAAUACGGAUACUCAAGGUCCAAUUUCUAAAAUAUAUAAUUCAAACUGUUUUAGUCAUCACUCGAUUCCAAAACCAGCUGGAAAUAUGAUACUUUCCUAUAUGUAAUUUGUAAUUUCAGGCUGUUGACAUCUCCGUAUUUCGCUUGAACCGCUCAUUACGACGAAAAUACAUUUACACAGCCACCCUGCAUGUGUAUAUGCGACGACCCGUCCUCCUGAGGUUAUCCCAGCAAGCGGUUACGUUCAACGUUUACCAACGAUAUAUGAACGGAUCGGUAGGAUACUCUUGACUGUUAAUCAACUGAAUUUAGCUUGGAGAUAAGCUAGCUACUAAGUACAUGACCGAAGACCUUGACGAUAAACGUCUUCUGGCCCCCGUUUCUAUCCGAUUGGAUGGCCAAGACUUCCAAACAUGGCUAGAGGAACAAGAACGGGAAGGCCGUGAAGCCACUCUUGGGUUAUACGCAGAGAUCAUGUAUGAAGGGCAGAACUUAGUCCUGCAACCACGCGAUGGGAUGGCGACUGUAAGUUUAAUUGUCAAAUGCCUACGUUACUAAAUUCGGACAUGACCCCAUUAAUAGUUAUUAUGUACAACGCUAAAAGGGCAUUGUGCACCCAAACAGCACGUCAUAAGCUCAGUUAUUCUAAAUGAAUGAGUUUCCAAAUUCCAUGCUCAAGCAGCGAGCUUGAUUAAGGUACUCCGUUCUUCAAUUUUCUCCCUCUAAAUGACCAGUAUAAGAACCGUGGAUUAGAGAUACGAUUUCUCAUAAUAAAAGAUAAUCUUAAUGCGGAACGGGGCGUCUUAAUUUUGUCAGAGGAUUAAGAAGGCGGAACGAUCGUAACCUCUUCCGAUUUCAGAACCAAUACCUGGAAUUCGAGUUGUUCGAUAUGCCUGGGCGGAGUCGGCGGAACUCCCCUCACGUCUGCCAAGCAGGACAAAACGAGACCAAGUGUUGUCUCUACGACCUGAUCAUCGACUUCGAGAAGGUCGGGUGGGAGUUUGUCAUUGCCCCCAAACGAUAUAACGCAUACAUCUGCAAUGGUGACUGCAAUGCUAUGGUAUGUGCAAUUUAGAUACACAUCAGGUCUAUUCAGGGUCAAAAACAGCUGUAAUUACCGCAGUUUAUUACACCCACAAGUUUUUACGCGCUCAUUAAAUUGAAAGCACAUCAAAGUGGAUGUAUACCCAAAAAGUAUCGUCCGAAUGCCUAAUAAUUUUGCAUUCCGUUCCAAGGAUAGAUUUCAAAUUCUCUUGGCACAGCCGAGUCACACAUUUCAUUUAAAUUUAGGUCGGAAUACUUGAUAGCAUCCUCCCACUAAAAGUUUGCAUUGAAAAAGGACUUGUGCGCCCAUUUUGAAAACAAAAGCUUAGCGAACAAUAGGGCAGCAACAUGUUUAAGACAACAUAUGCACAUAACUAAACUUAUCAAGGACCUUUGUACGCAAAACUAAUGUCCCUUUUCAGAACCAGGGUAUGCCGUUGGUCUCGACACAUGGCUCAAUGACAGCAAAAACUCAAACCGACUUUUACCAAUGCUGCCAUCCCAAAGAUUACACCGGUGUAACCAUCGUAUACGUCACUGAAAGCAAUCAGAUAUGGGUCAAAGAAGUUCCCGGUAUGGUGGCCCGGAAAUGCGGCUGUGCAUAA